AGAGACGGACAUAACACAUGGACACUAUAUUUAUCCACAAUUUCUGAUUAUCUUAGAGAUAUUUAUGGGAUUUAAGAAACCAUUUGACCGGUCUUUUUAGUUCUUCCUUUCACUGGAAAACAAAGAAUUUUCAUUGAUAAAAAUUUGUUCCAGAUGGAUGCACAAGAGGAGACUUGGCAUAAAGGGAUGUUGGAGGACCAUAUGAAAAGAGAAGAAAUGGGGAAAAAUAUGAUUUGUGAUGUAAGUCCACAUAUAAUGUUGAACUCACGCGGUGCCUGGGAGAAACUGGCUUCUGGAUCUGAAGGAUUACCAUUCUGGGAGUACCCUCUUCCUAAACUAGAGAUCAUAAUUCUCUCCACGUUCAUAUCCUGGCGUUUCUUUGAUAUCUUGUUCAAGAAGUUAGGUGUUCCUAUUCCAAGGUUCACCUCCAUGAUGCUUGUUGGGGCAGUCUUAAGUGAGUCGUUUCAGCCGAUGCAGAUGUCAUGGUUUCGACACAUUUUUAUCCCUGACGAUUAUAUGCCAAAUGUUGCUGAGACCAUUGGUACAUUUGCUUUUACUCUAAAUUGGUUCCUAAGAGGUGUGACUACAAAUGUUGGCAUGCUAAAAAAGUCCAAAACUAAGAGUACUGCAAUUGGAGUCACCUCAAUGAUAAUCCCAUGGUAUAUUGGAAAAAUCGUUUAUUCAUCUAGAGAGAAAUCAAGUAUCCUAACCAUGACCCGUAUGGAGUAUUCAAUAAGUAUAUUCACCAUGAGCAUGGCGCCAUUCACUUGCAUCAACAUGCUCCUUACCGACCUCAAAGUAGUUCACACUGAGUUCGGUCAAAUCGCUCAGUCUUCAGCAAUGGUAAUCGAUGUACUCGCUUUUUGCAUGAGCGUAUGGGCUAACGUUAGCUACAGUUAUAGAAUUGGUAUACGGAUGGGAGUUGCUUUAAUGAUCUUCUUUGUUUUCUUGUACCUUGUGCGACAAGCAAUGCUUUGGGUGGUUAGACAUACACCAGAGGGAACACCUGUGAAAAGCAUUUAUCUCUACAUUGGUCUCUUGCUAGCUUACUUGUCUCACAUUUACUGGACUCGCUUCUUGUUCUUCGGACCGUUGGGUGCGUUUGUUCUUGGUUUGGCUAUCCCAGACGGACCACCAUUAGGAUCGGUCUUUAUAAAAAAGUUCGACAGUUUCAACGAGGGAAUUUUUUUACCACUCUUUGGAUCAUUUACCAUGAUGAAAUUAGAUUGGUCAUUUCUAAUAAAGGAGAUUGGAAAUGGAAAGUUUCUCCAUGGACAUACCUAUGAGUGUUUUUCAUUCCUUCUCGUCUUAUACGUAGCGAAGUUCGUGACUUCUUUCCUCUCAGCCAUAGCUGCAAGGAUGCCUUUGAGAGACUCGGUUAUUCUAGGUAUCAUUAUGGGCACAAAGAGUAGUUUCGAGCUGGCUUACGUGCUCCAAGCCUUCGAAAAAGAGAUAAUUAGUUUGGAGAUUUUCUCGCUCCUGGGCAUAUACAUUCUCGCAAACUCUUUGUUAACACCGAUGGGUAUACAUUUCUUGUACGACCGGGCCAAGAGAUUUGCAUGUUAUGGGAGAAGAAGCUUGAAACAUAAGUCGGAACUACAAUUGUUGGUGUGCAUCAACAAGCCUGACAACAUAACAUCCAUGAUCAACCUUCUAAGAGCUACUGCACCAUCUAAAGACUCUCCAGUGUCGUGUUGUGUUCUUCACUUACUUGAGCUUGUGGGUAAAGCUACUCCCACGUUUAUCUCUCACCAGCUUCAGAAACCAAAGCCUGGAAGCAGAUCUUACUCGGAAAAUGUCAUAAGCUCCUUCCAACUGUUUCAAGAGAUUAAUCAGGACUACACAUCUAUACACAUCUUCACCUCUUUAACUUCAGUUAAAGAGAUGCAUGAACACAUUUGUUGGUUUGCUCUUGAUAAAAGUUCAUAUCUUAUUCUCCUCUCUUUUCACCGCACUUGGGGGGCUAAUGGUUAUGGCGUUACCUCGGACGAUCAAACACUGAGACAUCUUAAUCGUAAUGUCCUGAAACGAGCACCUUGCUCGGUCGGAAUCCUUGUUUAUCGUAAACCAUUAUGGCAACCCAAAUCCAUAGAAUCUCCAUGCAGGGUGUGCUUGGUUUACGUGGGAGGGAACGAUGACAAAGAGGCGUUAGCAUUAGCAGACCACAUGAGAGGCAACCAGAACGUGAGUAUAACGGUGCUGACUCUGAUCCCUAUCUCUAAAACCGAGGAGGGCAGCGAGUCGAGUCAGAGUCAAAUGGUAGACACUUGCCAGGUUGAAGAGAAGCCUGGAGAUAACUCCAUCACGUACAUUGUUAGAAUGGUGGAGGAUGGGAAUAAGACUUCCGAGAUUCUGCACUCAGUGGCUUAUGACUAUGAUAUGUUUUUGGUCGGAAGAAGUAGCGGGAUGGGUACUGCGGUCACCAAAGGACUAGGGGAUUGGACGGAGUUCGAUGAACUUGGUGUCAUUGGUGAUUUGAUAGCAUCCGAAGAUUUUCCUUCUAGAGCAUCCGUCUUGGUUAUCCAACAACAAGAGUGAGCUAUAGAGUAGUGGCCUUUUCCUUGAAAUCAAAUUGGCUUCAAUCUUUGUUGAGAUUGAGAUCAUUUAAUUACGACCAAGAAAU